AUGUUCGCAGAGGGGUGGUACCUUCGCAAAGAGCGAUUUGUCGUGUAUCAGAUUGCGAUGUUGACGGGUCUUGCAGCCGAAUGCACUGCAACGUACUCUUUAUCAAAAUACCAAACCCUCAAACACAACUUUUACGUCCAAUCAACCAUCCUCGAACCCUCCUCAAGCACAUCUGCACACCUCGACCAGCGUUCUUUGAACUCCUCCGCAAUAUCCACGAUCGUGUUUUGCGUGCUGGUAGCAACACUAUUUGGCGCUGACUUCUUUUUCCUUGUGUUUUGGCCGGAGCGGCGGUACCCCAAGUGGUAUGUGAGAGUUAAAGAGGUUCUGGCUGUCAUCAUUACGGCUGGUGUGGGCGCGUCUGCGAUUGUGAGCACGUGGGUUGUAGCGACGCAUAGCGCUGUCAUCUCAGGGGUGGAUCAUGAUACGGCUGCAAGUAUACUGCGGGUAUACUCUCGGCCUCCCAUCGUAUAUCGUCACUGGGCGCAGAACAUCGCAUGGGUCGUUCUCCUGUGGAUCGCGUUUCUCAGUACCCUCGCCAGUACAUUUCUCAUGUUUAUUACCGCACAACACGACGCGAGAUUGGGUCCGGAAAGUGAUCUGUUAUCCAGCAAGCAGGAGCGGGGACUGGGUACGGAGGAGAAGGUGCCUAUAGCCGCUGCUUCCACUGGAACAGAAACAGGGAUAGGAAGAAGAACAACAACCGGAAGUCCCCCGUCGUCCAUUCGGGAUUCUACUCUGAGUGAUGUCGAUGAAAAUGGGGGUAAUAUACACAAACCCGACAUGGACAAGGACAACGGCACAAAGGCAAAUGCAACAUCAGCAGCUGAAGAGGCCAAUGCGACGCGUAUUGCUCAGGGAAACUCCGGACAUCCUACGAUGGCGCUUAAACAUGUCCAGCUGCCUGUCAAAGCGGAUUCGAAAUAG